AUGAGCACACGCGUCACCAGAGCCGAAGCACGCAGGAGGAUGGCGGCCUUCCAGGAACCUCGCCCGGGGCAAGGAUGGUCGGAGACCCGGCCUACCCGAGCUCCGCGGCGGGCCCUGGAGCGGACCCGCGACGAGGACUCCGCACCAGAACCCGCGGUGAGCUCCGACAGCGACGUGGAGGUGGUCGGCGGCGGGCGGUCGGAUACCGCGCGGGACGACGGACGUCGGAGAAGCGGAACUCCCGAGGGGCCACGCAGAGGCUGUCUGCGGACCACCGAGGAAACUCGGAAGAGGUUCCGGGACCGUGAGCCGACGGACGAGGAGCAGCAGCGGACGACGGAGGAGGAGGCGCGGUGGCAGGUCAGGCUGCGCCAGGACCACGAAGCAGCGGCGGCGCGAUGGCAUGCCAUCGGCGGAGGAGGAAGAGCGACGAUUGUGGGAGGAACCGGUGGAGGACUCGUGGGAGGUUCCACUCACCCCCAGGUACGCGGCUGCGGAGCCCAGUCCGGGACGGAAGAGCGAGGAUGGGGACGAGCCCUGCGCGCCAUCUCCUCCACGGUGGCUGCCGGAGGCACAGGCGGAGAAGCAGACGGUGGUGCGGACGGAGGUGCCGGCAGCACACGUAAGCCACAGCACGCGGGCAUUCGUGGCCGAGGGCGUGCGGUGGCAGCAGCAGACGGUAGUGUGGACGUGGCCAGAGGGGCCCGCGACGGUACCGACGAGGUAGGAGCUCAGGAUAUGGGAAGAGGGGGUCCCCAAGGUGAGUAUUCGGGAUCCCCGGACGAGAGGCCGGCAGGAUGCGUGGGUCCCGCCGACACCGAGCGCGGGCCCGCCAACACCGGCGACGACGGUUCCGAAGGGGGAGGCGGAAUCGCUGGAAAAAGGACACUAGGUGUGGCCCGAGCCACCGCAAAGACGCCCGCUGCAGCGGCAGAAUUCGACGCCCGGAGCGAGGCGCUCGCGGCCGCAGUUCACGCGGCAAAUAUCGGCCCCGGAGGAAGGCGGUUGGCGCGAGAUCGCUAG